AUGGCCGAUGAUGAAUGCGAAGCAGCAGGUGCAGCAUCGGUUAAAUAUCCCCUCACGGUACAGUAUUGUGGAGUAUGCAGUAUGCCGCUUGAAUACUGCGAGUACAGUGGAAUGACUGAUAAAUGUUUAAGUUGGUUAGAAGCGAAUUUGCCAUCCGAAUUCGAGAAAUUGAAUUUAGCAGGUCUAAAGGAAUUAACAGAUGGUGAAAAAAAACAUCAAAAACGAGGUGGCAAGGGUUCUAAGACUAUAAAUGAAAAAAAUGCAGCAGUAAAAAAGAAUAUGGUAACGAAAGUUACAUUACAGCGAGUAGCUCGUGGAAAAAACAAAUCCGUUACAGUGAUCAAAGGACUAGCUUCAUUUGAUGUUGAUUUGAAAGCUACCGCUAAAUUGUUUGCUGGACAUUUUGCAUGCGGUUCAUCGGUAACAGCAAAUGAUGAAAUAGUAGUUCAGGGCGAUGUAAAGGAUGAAAUACUAGAAAUAAUAGGAACAAAAUGGCCAUUUAUUGAUUCACAUUUAAUUGAAGAUCUUGGUGAUCAAAAACGUUAA